AUGGCAUUCGCAAAAUACUUUCUCAUUUUUACAAUUUUUUUCCAAUUUGGUAAUGUUGCCCUUAGCGCCAAAGAGCGUUCGGGUCCCGACUAUAUUGCACAAAUUGGCUUAGGAGGCUCUGGUUAUACACUUACAAACCCAAACACCCUAAACAAUUUAGAAUCUCUCCUCUCCGAUUUUAUAUCAAACUCUUCACUCGGUUUCUUCAAUACCUUUGCAGGUGACGACGUUCGCGAUAGGAUUUAUGGAUAUUAUCUUUGUCGAGGUGAUAUUAGUACUCGAAAAUGCAACCAUUGCUUAAAGAAAAUAAAACAACAUGUCUUUGAUCGAAGUACACUUACCUUCUACUCCAAUAGUAUUGUAUACAAUCGGCGUCUCCGUUGUGUAGUACACUAUGCAAACACCUCGACAGCGUUGGUGUAUGGCCACAAUACUUCGGUUAUUUAUGAAGGAUUUGGGGACCUUUUGGCACCAAAUUCGCGAUAUAACACAACGGUGUGGAACACGAUAGGCGAACUCGUUAACGAAGCCCGGUUCGGAAACUGGACAAAGACUAACUUCGCUACAAGGGAAGUUGAUGUUGUGGGAACUCAGGGUAAAGUUUACGUACUUGUUCAAUGCACGCCUGAUAUAUCCUCUAUGAAUUGCAGUAAUUGCCUAAGUGGAAUACGUAUUCAGCCAGUUUCUACAUCAGGAACAGUUCUGACUAAUAAUUGUUUCCUGAAAUACAAUGACGAGUCUUUCUUCGGUAGUGGAUACCGUAGUUUUAUGCCAAGUUAUUUUCAUAUGUUCUUGGUGUUGUUAUUGACGAUGAUAACAGCAGCACUCAACCAGCAAGACAUCUCCAACCGUUCCCAAAUCCUACCGGAACAAUUGGCGCUAGAAGGAGGGGACUUCCCAACCUUGUCAAGUAAAUCAGCCAUCAUGGAUACCAACAACAAAAAACCUAGAAAAAACAACAAUCUCCCACAAUCAGCAGUGAUCACACCAACAUCAGUAGCACAACCCGCAGUCAAACCUUCUCUCUUACCUGUCUCAACCAGCCAAGUCACACCACUUACCGAUCCUCCCCCAAAAACACUCAAGUCACAGAUAAGCAUUGCCCCCCCAGGUUUUGAAGACCCGAACGACGUGAUCAUAGAGGACGAAACGUCCAUGGAAGAAAGGGCACAGGAUUCCCCAUCACCCCCACAGAUUCAGAGCAACCUCUCGGCGUUGUCCCAAAGGUUCACACCACAACAGCUGCUGACGGCGUCGGCCGUCAUGAAAGCAAUGGCUGAACUGUCCUCAAGGAGGACAGAGGGAAAUCAGAUCGUGGUUACCGGCAAUCGCCCGGGUGUGAUGCCGGUUAGAAAUCUCUACGAAACCCUAGAGCAUGAAGUGGUACUGCCAGCACAACCUGAACCAAUACUUGUACAGAGUGAAAAUCCGGGUAGAAGAAAAAGGCAUAGCUCUCGGCGCAGAGAAAGGUCCACUAGACGCCGGGAGUCGGUGUCAGAGCAAGAAGGGUCGUUUCCUGCUGGUAGGGAAUCGACACCGUAUCACGAAGAGUACAUCGUACAGUCUCCACAACCAGGUUGGAAUAGAUAUGAAGGAUAUCUACCUCAUCAGGAGCCGAUGAGGCGAACCAUACACCCCAAAGACUCCCCACUCUGCAGGGGUAUACUGGAGCAACCUAUGGAGAAAGUAAAGAUGCCGACGUGCAAAUACAACGGAACCACAGACCCCGAAAAUCACUCCACCGCUUUCGAACAACACAUGAUGCUGUAUUCUGACUCAGAUGCCAUGUGGUGCAAAGUGUUCCAAACCACAUUAUCAGGGGUGGCAGCCGAUUGGUAUAAGAAGUUGCCGGCCGGAUCGAUAUUCAGUUUUCGGCAGAUCCAAGAAGACUUUGUGAGGCGGUUCAUUAGCAAGGUUGAACGAAAGAAAACAUCUGGAGAGCUGAUGUCAAUCUCACAAAGGCCGAAGGAGCCGCUGAGAGAAUACAUUACUCGUUUUAACAACGAAUCCAUCACAAUACCAGAUUUACAGCAAGAAAUAGCCGUCUUGGCUCUGUUGAGAGGGAUGCAGGAAUGCGAGUUCAAAAGGUACCUGGGAAGAAAGUCAUUUACCUCGCUGGGGGAGGCCUUGAGAAAAGCAAAUGAGUAUAUCAGGAGUGAUGAGCUGAUGCUAAUAUCACCCAUGGGGGGAAAUCAGGCAGUACAAUCGGCCAAGAAGGAUCAUGUUCCCAUACAGCAACACAAUUACCGGAAAGAUAACGGUAGAAAGGAGGGUCAUCAACAGAGAGGAGGAUAUCCGAACAGACAACAGCCGGUAGGGGCUUACCAGGUGUACACUCCCCUGAACACCGCCAGAGCCACGAUCUACGCAGUAAAUAAAUCGGCAGCGUGGAGAAAACCGUUACCGAUGGAUGCCCCAGGUAACAAUAAGAACUUUUGUGCUUUUCAUAAUGAUCAUGGUCAUUACACGGAGCAUUGCAAAGAGCUCAAGGAUAACAUCGAAGAGCUGGUAAGAAGGGGAUACCUAUCCCAGUACAGGGUUCGACAGGAAGGCCAGGGAGGAAAUAACAGGCAGGGCAGUUCGCAUAGUCAUGCCCCAUAUACACCUACUCAGCCAGGGUAUGCACAGCCCACUGGUAGGAUUGAACAGGCACCACCAUCCCGGCAAGAAAUCCGGUCAUUACCGAAAACAGGCAAAGAUGGGGCCGAUAGGGGAAAGAGACCCACGGUUUGGGUGAUCUCUGGAGGGCCCGUGCAUGGAGGUACAGUCAGCGGGGUAAUAAGAAAUCUAGAGGAGCACAGGCAUUUGGUGAGUUACCAUAGCGCAAGGAAAUGGCCGGAACCAAUCCCCCUACCGGUCAUCGCGUUCACCUCGGACGAUUGUCGCGGCAUUAUAUAUCCCCAUGAUGACCCGCUGGUAUUGGAACUCGAGAUAGCAAACUUCCCCGUCAAGAGAUGCCUGAUUGAUGGAGGCAGCUCUGCGAACAUCAUAUUAUGGGAAGCUUUCACCCAGCUGAACAUAGAUCACGGAGAGUUAACAAGGGUGAGCUAUCCCGUUAUCGGAUUCUCUGGAGCCAGCGUCUAUCCAGAAGGCAGUAUCCGUCUACCGGUUCAAGUAGGUAGAGGAUCAUCAGCCAGGGACUUAAUGGUCGACUUUUUGGUGAUAAAAGUACCAGCAGCGUAUAACGUAAUAAUUGGUCGACCAUUCAUUCAUGACGCACAGGCGGUGGUGUCCACAUAUCAUUUGACCAUGAUAUAUCUCUCAAAUCUGGAAAGAACAGAAAGGGUACAUGGCAGUCAGGAGACUGCCAGAUCGUGUUAUCUGACAGCGAUAAAGGCACCAGGAAGGAUGGUGCCGAAAACCAACCUUGCCCGAGAAGCAAACAUGCCAACCAAAAGAAAGAGAGGGGAUUUGAGCAUGGAAAGUUUUGAUGAAAGGCCGGUUUGCAUCCCAAGGCCAGCUGCAGAUGGAGAAACUCGGGAAAUUGAAUUAGUAGAAGGAGUUCCAGAAAGAACGGUACGAAUAGGUGCCGAUAUGGGGGCAGAUCAGCAGGUCAAUCUCAUCGGCCUGUUACGAGAAAAUGCAGAUGUCUUUGCCUUCUCUGCAGAUGAAAUGCCCGGUAUCAGCCCAGACAUCAUAGUGCAUCGUCUGAAUGUAGACAAGUCAGUCAGGCCGAUAAAGCAAAAGAAGAGAAAUUUCUCCAGUGAAAAAAAUGCUGCAAUAAAAGAAGAAGUGGAAAAGCUGCUGGAAGCAGGGUUCAUAGAAGUUUGUGAUUACCCCGAAUGGUUGGCCAAUGUAGUCAUGGUAAAAAAGUCAAAUGGCAGUUGGCGAAUGUGCGUAGAUUUUACCAAUCUGAAUGGGGCGUGCCCCAAGGACUGCUAUCCAUUGCCACGAAUCGAUAGGCUGGUAGAUUCAACAAGUGGCCACGCUCUUUUGAGUUUCCUGGAUGCCUUCUCAGGGUAUCACCAAGUCAGCUUGUGUAAAGCCGAUAGAAAGAAGGCCGCCUUCAUCACAGAUUCAGGGGUAUACAGCUAUAAGGCUAUGCCAUUUGGGCUGAAGAAUGCGGGAGCAACCUACCAAAAGUUGGUGGAUAGGGUAUUUGCUUCCCAGAAAGGGAGGAACAUAGAGGUAUAUGUGGAUGACUCAAUAGUUAAAAGCCGAUUGGCCAGCGACCACAUCGACGACUUGAGAGAAACUUUCGAAACUCUGAGGAGAUUCAGGAUGAAGUUAAACCCCAAGAAAUGUGUAUUCGGGGUCCGAUCAGGGAAGUUCCUGGGUUUCCUAGUAAGCGAAAGGGGAAUCGAUGCCAAUCCAGAUAAAGUAGAUGCAAUUAUGAAUCUACCAGAACCCGGUUGCAUAAAAGACGUGCAAAAGUUAACAGGAAGAAUGGCCGCAUUGACCCGGUUCAUUAGCAAAUCAGCAGAUAGGGCGUUGCCCUUUUUCAACGUGUUAAAACAAAACAAGAAAUUCAAGUGGGGAGAAACAGAAAGAGCAGCCUUUGAGGCAGUAAAACGGCACCUGCAAGUCCUACCCACAAUAGCUCGACCAGAGGAAGGGGACAUCUGCAGCUAUACAUAUCUGCUUCUCAACACACACCACAUCCUGCAAGAAGCAGAAACGAGGUACUCCUUGAUAGAAAAAUUGGGGUUGGCAGUAUUGAUUGCAGCCAGAAAGCUGAGACCUUACUUUGAUGCACACGGGAUCCAAGUCCUCACAAACUACCCACUGGAAAAAGCAAUGCAAAAAAUGGACACAUCAGGUAGACUCCUAAAAUGGGCGAUUGAACUAUCAGAGUUUCACAUGGAAUAUCGGCCCAGAAUGGCUAUAAAGGCCCAAGCACUGUCUGACUUCAUAGUCGAAGCAUCAUACCAGGAGGAGGAAAUAAAGGAAGGAAUAUGGGAAGUAGCAGUAGACGGCUCGGUCACCAAAUCAGGGUCAGGAGCAGGGGUAAUAGUUACCUCACCAGAAGGAGACCAGUUCGAAUAUGCUAUUAAGUUCUCUUUCCAGGCAUCAAACAACGAGGCAGAAUACGAGGCCGCAAUCGCUGGCAUACAGAUCUGCACGGCAGCUGGUGCUCGUAGGCUCAGGCUUACAACCGACUCACAGCUGGUAGCAAACCAGUUCUCAGGAGAAUAUGAAACGAAGGAAGAAUCCAUGAAACGAUACGCCGAAAAGCUUAAACAGUCAGUGGCACAGUUGGAAAGCUUCGAAAUAAAAUUAGUACCCCGAUCAGAGAACAUGUUGGCAGACUCCCUGUCAAAACUGGCCAGCUCAAGUGCUCUGGUAAAAUCAGUAAUGAUGGAAGUCAUGCAUCGAAGGAGCACUGAAAUAUUGAGAAAUCAGGUCAUGGUAAUCACGAGCCAACCUGAAUGGUAUGACACCUUGUGGGCAUACAAGAGAGAUGGAACCCUGCCUGCAGAAAAAACGGAAGCAAGAAGGUUGAUUAGAAACUCAUGCUGGUUUGUAAUCAUCAGAGGCCAACUCUACAAACGGGGUUUUAGCUUGCCUCUGUUACGAUGCAUAUCAGCAUACGAAUCGGCACGACUGAUAGAAGAAAUACAUGAAGGAGUGUGUGGAAAUCAUCAGGGAGGAAAAACCCUUGCACUGAAAUGCCAAAGGCAAGGAUACUACUGGCCGACAAUGCUAACAGACGCACAGGAGUACGUCAAGAAAUGUGAAAAAUGUCAAGUUUUUUCAGCAGUCAUCAAUCGUCCUGCAAACGAUCUCAUGCCAAUCCUAAAUCCAAUACCGUUCGCCCAGUGGGGAAUGGACAUUCUGGGACCAUUCACAACGGCAUCCGGUGGAAGAAAAUUUCUGAUAGUGGCAGUCGAUUAUUUCACCAAAUGGAUAGAAGCAGAACCGGUGGCAAAGAUAACUGCAAAUCAGGUCAAAAAGUUCAUAUGGAAAAAUAUAAUCACCAGGUUCGGAUUACCGAUGGCAAUCGUGAUGGACCAUGGGAAGCUAGACGACUAUAAGGCUGGUUGGGCCGAUAUUGUUCCAGAGAUACUUUGGGGAAACAGAACCACCGUUAAGGAAGCAACGGGAGAGAGCCCAUUCCGUCUAUGUUUCGGAUCAGAAGCAGUGAUACCAGCAGAAGUAGGGUUACCUACAUUCAGGAUCCAGCAUUAUGAAGAAAACAAGAACGAUCAACUGUUAAAGCAGGAGCUGGAUCUUCUACCAGAAAUCAGACUCAGAGCAGAAAUCAGGUCGGCGGCUUACAAGCAGCACAUAAGUAAUGCCUACAACAAAAGAGUAAAACACAGACAGCUUGAGGUAGGAGACCUGGUGCUCCGCAGAACUGCAGCUACAGGCAAGGCAAAGGUCCAAGGGAAGUUAACCCCAAACUGGGAGGGGCCUUAUCAGAUAUGGGAAGAAAUCGUACCAGGAGCUUUUAGGCUGAUGGAUAUGGGUGGAACAGCACUAAAAAAUUCAUGGAACGCCAGCGUCCUUGGAAAGUUUUAUGUGUAG